UCCAUGGGAAUAGUUAAUACGACGUUGAAAUAGGUGACUUGGUCGGUAACAACGUUGCGCCCUGCAUGUUUUCAGAAUAAAAACAGUUCAUUAUCAGUGUCUGUUAUAAUAUAUCAGACUUUGUGUUUGUGCAUUGUAGAUUCCGAUUCCAAUUACAAUGCAGAGAUCCGGCUAUGGCUCCGAUGGAAUAUUCAGAUCUCUCAGACCUUCAAUCGUUUUACCCAAACAACCCAACCUCACACUCGUUUCCCACCUCUUCAACAGAGUCGCACCGUUUCCCUCCAAACAAGCUCUUAUCGAUGCCGAUUCUUCUCAAACCCUUUCAUUCGUACAGUUGAAAACGCUAACCGUUAAAGUUUCUCACGGCCUCCUCCGCCUCGGUGUCGCCAAAAACGACGUCGUCCUCUUCCUCGCCCCCAACGAUAUCCGUUACAUCGUCUGCUUCCUCGCCGUCACCUCCCUCGGCGCCAUCGUAACUACCGUCAACCCCGCAUACACCGCUGCCGAGGUCGCCAAACAGGCCAAAGACUCCAAUCCCAAACUUGUCAUCACCGUCCCCGAACUCUGGGACAAGCUCCAACACCUCAACCUCCCCGCCGUGUUCCUCCACUCCCAGGCGCACUCCCAUGCGACUAGCUUCGACGCGCUCGUCCAAGUCGCAGGGUCGCCUACCGAAUUUCCGAAAGUUGACGUCAAGCAGAGUGAUACGGCGGUGCUGCUGUACUCCUCCGGGACCACCGGUGUGAGCAAGGGCGUGGUUCUAACGCACGGGAACUUCGUGGCGGCAUCGUUGAUGAUUGGGUUGGACGAUGAUUUGAACGGGGAGAUGCAUAGCGUGUUCCUCUGCGUUCUGCCGAUGUUUCAUGUGUUUGGUUUGACGGUGAUUUCGUACGCGCAGCUUCAGAGGGGCAACGCUGUGGUGUCUCUGAAGAAGUUUGAAUUUGAACUGGUUUUGAAGACGAUUGAGAAGUUUAGAGUGACGCAUUUGUGGGUUGUGCCUCCGAUCAUCCUUGCUUUGGCCAAACAUGGUUUGGUCGAUAAGUAUGAUCUUUCCUCGCUGAAGCAUAUUGGUUCUGGCGCUGCUCCUCUUGGGAAAGAGUUGAUGGAGGAGUGUGCUAAGCGUUUCCCUCAUGCUACUGUUGCUCAGGGAUAUGGUAUGACUGAAACUUGUGGGAUUGUUUCUGUGGAGAAUACAAGGAUGGGGAUUCGGCAUAGUGGCUCUACGGGAAUGCUUGUUUCGGGAGUGGAAGCUCAAAUAGUUAGCGUGGAUACCCUGAAGCCUCUCCCUCCUGGACAGUUGGGGGAGAUAUGGGUACGGGGUCCUAAUAUGAUGCAAGGUUAUCACAACAAUCCCCAAGCCACAAGAUUGACUAAAGAUACAAAAGGGUGGGUACAUACAGGAGAUCUUGGAUAUUUUGACGAGGAAGGGCAACUUUUUGUUGUUGACCGUAUCAAAGAACUGAUCAAGUAUAAAGGUUUCCAGGUUGCACCAGCAGAACUUGAAGGGCUUCUUGUUUCUCACCCUGAAAUACUUGAUGCUGUUGUCAUCCCAUAUCCUGAUGCUGAAGCUGGUGAGGUUCCAGUUGCCUACGUGGUUCGCUCACCACAUAGUUCACUGACUGAGGAAGAUGUUCAAAAGUUUAUUGCUAAUCAGGUAGCACCUUUCAAAAGAUUACGAAGAGUGACAUUCAUCAAUGCUGUUCCCAAGACAGCUUCGGGAAAAAUUCUCCGAAGAGAGCUUAUUGAGAAAGUAAGAUCCAAAAUAUGAUGCCAUGAUAUGAUGUACAUUUUUUCAACACCUUUUCGAGGUUCAGAUUCUGAAGUAUAUUGCGAGAUAGAGGGAAUCCCGAAAGGUAUGAUGGUUGUGGUAGUGGAAAAUGGAAUAAUACUGUCCAUAAAGUUUUAUACAGUCUUAAA